CGAAUCGAUAACUUUGUUUCCCCGAUACAAACAUCGAGUGAACUUUGCUUUGCGCCUGGUUUAUCAAACGCAGAAGGGGCAGCGAUACAGCUUGCCGGAUCUCAGUUUGCAGACUGGUUUGAUAAAAAAUGGCAUCUCCUGAUUCGGAAACGAACAGCAAUGACGUGGCAUACACUCCACCAAUGAUGACUGACGAUGAAAAACGCCAGGCUUAUCGCCGACUGUUUCGACCAACCAAAAUCGUCGAAACAAAAACCGCCCAGAAAGCGAAAGAAGAACUUCAAGAAACAGAAGGAAAACGGACCGAAGCGUUGAAAGAGCUGCGGAAAUUGUGCCUGGAAGAAAAUCAGUCAGAUGAAGGGAAGAAGAUUUGUGAUGCUUUUUUAAACAAAGACGAUACAUUUUUACUGAGAUUUCUGAGAUGUAAGAAAUUUGACGUCAAACGUGCAUACAACCAAAUGACAGCCUAUUUACUGUUCCGAGAGAAGCACAAAGACGUCACCAGUAAACUGCAUCUGUCUUCUCUUCGGUUUGCCAUCUCCAAAGGAUUUCCCGUGAUCCUACCAAACAGAGACAAAGAGGGUCGAGUUUGGCUGUUGUUUGAUGUUGGAUCCUGGGACCAUACUGAAAUUCCGUUCCCAGAGUUGAUGGCGUCAUUACUCUACGUAAUAGAGACUCUCAUAGAAAACGAGGAAACGCAGGUAAACGGAUUCGUUCUUCUGGAGACAUACGAGAGAUACCACAUUGACCAGGCGUUAGCAAUGAAACCGGCUGAUGUUAAGACCAUGAUAGAUUUGUUGCAGGGCUCAUUUCCUGGUCGAUUCAAAGUGUUUAACAUUAUUCGUCAGCCGUGGUACUUCAGUACCUUCUGGACGCUCGCAAAACCCUUCCUCAGUUCCAAGAUGACAUCAAGGAUUAUGGUUCAUGGAAGCGACCUAUCAAAGCUCUAUGAACAAAUGGAACCUGAAUGGCUUCCAACAGAGUUCGGAGGAACGUCAGAGACGUUUAAUACAAACAUCAUGUUAGAGGAACUGCAGCUGGUUGCAGUUGAAAAAGGGGAGACCAUCAACAGUGAAAAUGUAACAGGGGAGACAAUUCUCGAAGGAUUACCUAAUUCGGUAGACGAUCUCAACAGUGCAGCAAAUAAUAUAGAAUCGACUGACAUGUAGUGGUGUGAAUCUCAAACUCUGUGUAAAAUAUGUUGUUAUAAUUAAAUAAAUACAAUUUAAAGUGACA